AGCAUUCCAAGAGGUAAACUACAUUGUCAGCAAGAGUUUUUUUUACAAUAGUAGUUUCGUCUGGGGUUUGGUUCGUAUGUGUAACUAUUAUCUCUUGAGUCUGGGGACGUAACAUGAGAUGAAGCAAAUGGCUACUUUCAGUGCUUUUAAUAUGAGAACGAAAAAUUCCUAAAAUAUCGUAUAUCGCCGAGUAAAGAGACAUUUAUUUGACUACACAACUGCCACGAUCUUACCUUACCACAGCAGCCCAUGGAUUUGCGGCGGCACAGGCGUCGCUCGGGAGGAGUACUCGCCUCUCCUACUGGAAAAGUUUCGCCCAGAAAGCGCUCCAUGUUGGAUUUCUCCGGCGAUGAAUUCGAAGCAGCCCGGAGUGCCCCGCCAACGAAUGUGGCCCCUGAGCCGUUAUCGAGGAUAAAGAAUAGGCUGGCCGAUGCCGCGGCACGUUCCUUGACACCACCACACAGACCGGUCAAAAGCCCAACCCUGGAUCUGAUCCAGUCGUCGGCCAGGUCGCGGGCUGGAGGAUUGUUCGCUGCCACUACUCGGAGCGGCGCUCUCCACACAAGCAGCCUGGCGACCACGGCGGCUGAUGGUACGUUCAUGGCAUGUGCUGAUGAUGGUGGUCACAGCGCUGACACGGAUCUAGGAGUUGCUGCUAUUCCUGUUGGUGGUGGUGGUGAUGUGCCCGCUACUCCCCGUAUCAGCCAGGGCAUUCUCCACCGACAGAGGCAACUGGAGGAUCAGCACUAUGCCAGCAAAUCCAAGGCCAGCGAUCGGCUUGCGUCCGGUGGUGGCAUAAGUCCGUGGCCGCUUAUGAGCGACAUGCGACUCACGUCUCGGGACGCCUCGUUCCUGUGCCUGCUCAAUCUCCUACUACUGCCUCUUGUCGUCAGUGUCUUUCUCUGGCUGCAUGGUGGCAUCGCUGCAGACUUGCUCCAGUUCACUCAGGACGUCGCACAGUUCAACAGCCGUCAUAUAAUUCCACCCAAUGGCAGCGACGUGGAGUUCCGAUUAGCCCUGCUUGCUUGGCACAAUGACUUCCUCAAUCUAACCGAUCACAUUGAACACAGCUACGACACGCCAUUCUGGCAAAUGGACACGUUCCGGCAGCUGAUCAUCGUCCUCUAUAUGCUCUUUCUUUUCGUUCUAGUCUACUAUCUGUUUGAGAAUGUGGUCUCUGCAUCGCGACUGACGCCUAAACGCAUCAAACUCUGGAUAACCCUGCUGAUGAUCGUUCUUGUAUGGACAUCUUUCCUCUGCAACCUUCUGUUUGCCGCCAUCAGCGUGGAGAGUGCCAUCAAAGAAGCCGUCCUUGACCUGAGCCAAGAACUGCCACGUCAAAUCUCAACGUCGCAUAACUUGGCUCCCUUCACUGCCCUUAUUCAGCACUGGACAUUGAGGGCAUUACCCCCGACCGGACCGGGCAUCUUGUCCCUGUGGGGCAGCUUGAGAAUUCCGGACAUUGUACACUACUUGCAGUUCUACUCUUGGCCAUUCGUGGCCGCCCUUAUCACACCAAUCUUCAAGCUGGUCUUGUCGCUCAAGACUGUGUACAGUGCUGGCGUGACCAUAUGAGCCGUGUUUGAGCAUGCCGAAACCUACACAAAGCCGAGGAUUUGAGCGUGUGCUGCAUUUGCUAUAGCGCCCUACAACCAGCAGGAAGCCUGCGAUCACGACGCAUUGCAAUCUGUGUUCAAGUAGUUGUGCUCGAUGCCAUUCAAACUGUGUGCUUCGGGCAUCACGUGCCCUACACUCCUACAGUACACCCUGGCAGCAUCGGAUUGCCGGGACAGUGUAAGGUGGUGCACUGACUGACUGGCACGUAACUCACGCUACUUGUCUUGCUCCACACGAUCGUGUUUCUACACCAGCCGAUGCUUACUCGGUAGACAGUGUGCCAUGCACAGCAUUCUCCCGUUCAGAUGCAUGCGUGGGCACUGCGCCAGGCUACUAUUGGCCGCGACGAUAGCCAGCUAACCGGGGAUACAUGUGUGUGUGUGUGUGUGCGUGCGUGUGUGUGUGUGUGUGUGUGUGUGUGUGUGUGUGCAUACGUGUGCGUGCAUGUGUGUGUGUGUCACUCUGCUAACCUUGCUGUAUGUGCAUCUCUGCAUCCGUGGAUGUAUACAAUGUUCAGCAUGCUGUAUGGCUGCCGUGCUCUAUGCUGCUUUUUCACACUACGAGACCAGCACUGCUUCCCACUGUGACCAGCGUGUGCUGAAUAUGUGCACAGCGCUGCUCACCGCUAUGGCCAGUGUGCUGAAUGUGUGUGUGCGUGUCACAUUGCUCACCGCCAACGGUGGAUGCUGUCAUUGGCGAUUUCCCUGUACGUUGAUCUCGGUCUUACGCACGUUGGCCCUGGUUUGAUGGAGCCUUGACCCUGGUAUGCGGGUGGCUUGUGUAGUGCUUUCGGCGACUACUUUCUUUCUUAUGCUGUCCGAGCCCAGGGCUACAUUGCUGGUAGGUAUGACCAACUGAACUAUCAUUCUUGUACGUGCCAGACCCAGUACAGUAUGGAUAGCUAUCACACAGCCCAGCACAACACCUGUAAACCAGCCCGGCAUAGCAACCAACCCAGCAUGACAACCAGCCCGGCAUAGCAACCAACCCAGCAUGACAACCAACCCCGCAUAGCAACCAACCCAGCAUGACAACCAGCCCCGCAUAGUAACCAGCUCAGCACGGCAACCAGCCCGGCAUAGCAACCGGCCCAGCAUGCCCCAGUGUGGCAACCAACCAAGCGUUGUACCUAUACCACAGCCUGGCACAGUAGCAACCAGCCCAGCACAACACCUCUACAACAGCCCGGCACCGUACGGAUAGCUGUCACAUAGCCCAGCACAGCCCAGCAUGGCAAGCAGCCCAGCACAACACCUAUACAACAGACCGGCAAGGCAACCAACCCAGCACAGCACCUGUACCACAGCCUGGCACAGUAGCAACCAGCCCAGCACAACACCUCUACAACAGCCCGGCACCGUACGGAUAGCUGUCACAUAGCCCAGCACAGCCCAGCAUGGCAAGCAGCCCAGCACAACACCUAUACAACAGCCCGGCAAGGCAACCAACCCAGCACAGCACCUGUACCACAGCCUGGCACAGUAGCAACCAGCACAGUGCAACACCUAUGCCCGGCACCGUACGGAUAGCUGUCACAUAGCCCAGCACAGCCCAGCACAGCACCUGUACCACAGCCCAGUACAGCACCUGCACCACAGCCCAGUACAGCACCUGCACCACAGCCCGGUAUGGCAACCAGCCCGGUAUGGCAACCAGCCCAGUGCGAUACCUGUACCACAGCCCGGUAUGGCAACCAGCCCAGUGCGAUACCUGUACCACAGCCCGGUAUGGCAACCAGCCCAGUGCGAUACCUGUACCACAGCCCAGCACAGUAUGCUGCUGAGUGCUGACAGUCAAACAUGUGCCGAUUGUGUGUGCAGCAACGAAUUAAUGUACCUGUCGUGGGCGCACAUCACACUUGUAGCGCACGAGAAGAGGCAAGUCGGGCACUCAGCGUAGCUUGUCAUGCAUAGCUUCACUAUGCACUACUAUGCAGACGUCCCAGAUGCAACUAUGCGGAAGUCACCGGAUGCUACCAAGCAGAAGUCUCAGAUACAACUUAUACAAGUAUGCAGAAGUCCCAGACACAACUAAGCAGAAGUCCCAGACACAACUAAACAGAAGUCCCAGAUGCUGCGCACCCAGUCCGCUAUGCAUGGAGUUUGUGCCUUGGGAUUGCGAAGCCAGAGAAAAAAGACCAAACACCCUGUGUAACAAGCAUACAAUAAUUAUUGUUAUCUCUGUGUGUCUGUUCUGCCAUAAUUAAUUAUUGUUUCAACU